ACUUUCAAGUUGGGUGUAGGGUUUAAGCUGCUAUAGUCCCGCGGUUUCUCUGUUCAAUCCAUUCAUCAAUUAUUGGAUUGGAAUAAUUCUACAAUGAAGGUGAAAGUGAUAUCGCGUUCCACAGAUGAAUUCACCCGCGAAAGAAGCCAGGACCUCCAGAGGGUUUUCCGGAAUUUUGAUCCCAAUCUUCGAACCCAAGAGAAAGCAACUGAGUAUGUCCGUGCCCUCAAUGCAGCUAAACUUGAAAAGAUAUUUGCGAGGCCCUUUAUUGGAGCAAUGGAUGGGCAUAUUGAUACAGUGUCAUGUAUGGCGAAAAACCCGAAUCACUUAAAAGGGAUUUUUUCGGGUUCUAUGGAUGGAGAUAUACGCCUUUGGGAUUUGGCUACGAGACGAACUGUUUGCCAAUUUUCUGGACACCAAGGGGCAGUACGUGGUUUAACAGCAUCUACUGAUGGUCGUGUUCUGGUAUCAUGUGGAACUGAUUGCACGGUGCGGCUUUGGAGAGUGCCUGUUGCUACUGUUAUGGAGUCAGAAGAAUCAUCUCAUAACUCAUCCGAGCCUCUAGCAGUUUACGUGUGGAAGAAUGCAUUCUGGGCUGUUGAUCAUCAAUGGGAUGGUAACCUCUUUGCCACAGCUGGUGCUCAGGUUGAUAUUUGGGACCAUGACAGGUCCCAGCCAGUGAACAGUUUUGAAUGGGGAAAAGAUACAGUUGUAUCUGCUCGGUUUAAUCCUGGAGAACCUAAUGUACUUGCAACAUCAGCCAGUGACCGAAGCAUAACAAUAUACGAUCUACGGAUGUCAUCCCCGGCAAGAAGGGUUGUAAUGAGGACAAAAACUAAUUCUAUAUCAUGGAAUCCCAUGGAGCCAAUGAAUUUCACAGCUGCAAAUGAAGAUUGCAACUGCUACAGCUAUGAUGCUAGAAAAUUGGAUGAGGCCAAGUGUGUGCAUCAAGAUCAUGUUUCUGCAGUUAUGGAUAUUGAUUACUCACCAACUGGUCGGGAAUUUGUUACUGGAUCUUAUGAUAGAACAGUGAGAAUAUUCCAGUAUAAUGGUGGCCACAGCAGGGAAAUCUAUCAUACUAAAAGAAUGCAAAGGGUAUUUUGCGUCAAGUUCAGUUGUGAUGCAAGCUAUGUUAUUUCAGGCAGUGAUGACACCAACCUUCGACUUUGGAAAGCUAAGGCAUCCGAGCAAUUGGGAGUUCUUUUACCGAGAGAACGUAAGAAACACGAGUAUCUGGAGGCUGUCAAGAAUCGUUACAAGCACCUUCCUGAAGUUAAACGUAUUGUCAGGCACAGGCACUUGCCAAAACCAAUAUAUAAGGCAGCCUCUCUCAGACGUAUUAUGGCUGACGCUGCAAGAAGGAAAGAAGAGAGGAGGAGAGCUCACAGUGCACCCGGAAGCAGGCUCAAAGAGGCCUUCCGCAAGAAAAGAAUUCUUCAGGAAGUUGAAUGAGCUCCAAUCCAUGCAGCUGCUUGGAUCUGAUGCAUGUUCAUAUUCUCUCUCGGCCGGAAUUUAUGAUCUUUAUAAGUUGAAUGUCAAGCAUUGAAAUAGGAUUUUGAUGUUACAACUGUUUUUGUCAUUCGCAUCAAAGGCAAAGCAAUGGCUGUUUUGUGGCCGCCCCAAUUUUGGUAGUCUGCAUUGUAUUCACCUGCAUUAGUCUAAUUGCCCUUUCGUAUUAACAAUUGUGGAAGCAUUUUUUUAUUGUUUGAAUGAGAACAAAUUUAGGGAAUAUCGGUUGUAGCUUAACCAUCAUUGGUAAUUUGUCUAAUUGACUAUGCAUCAUGCAUUUUGUGCAUGGUACAAGGAUAGUUGAAUAUAAUUUUAAUGGAAAAA